AUGUCUCUCCUCCCUGAGCCUUUCGCCAGCAUCCCGAGGGAAUCCUUCCUCUUCGGCCCCUCUCCCAUCGAGCCCCUCCCCCGCAUUUCUGCUGCUCUGGGUGGAAAGGUCAACGUCUACGCUAAGCGUGAGGACUGCAACUCCGGCCUCGCCUACGGUGGUAACAAGACCCGUAAGCUUGAAUACCUUGCUUCCGAUGCUCUCGCUCAGGGUUGCGAUACUCUCGUCAGUAUCGGUGGUGUCCAGUCCAACCACACCCGCCAGGUGACCGCCGUUGCCGCCAAGCUCGGCCUCAAGGCCGCCCUGGUCCAGGAGAAGUGGGUUGACUGGGAGGACGUCGUCUACGACAAGGUCGGCAACAUCCAACUGUCCCGCCUGAUGGGCGCCGACGUCCGUCUUGACCCCUCCAAGUUCGGCAUCGAGCACAAGAACACCCUCGCUUCUCUCAAGGAGGAGAUCCUGGCCGCUGGCCGCAAGCCAUACUACAUCCCGGCCGGUGCUUCUGACCACCCCCUCGGCGGUCUCGGCUUCGCCCGCUGGGCUUUCGAGGUUGAGGCUCAGGAGAAGGAACUCGGUGUCUUCUUUGAUACUAUUAUCGUCUGCGCUGUUACUGGAUCCACGAUGGCCGGCAUGGUCGCUGGUUUCAAGCUUGCGCAAAAGAAGGGCUCGCCCAAGCGCAAGGUUAUCGGCAUCGACGCCUCCGCGACAGUGGAGCAGACUUUCGACCAGGUGCUGCGCAUUGCCAAGAACACCGGUGUCAAGAUCGGUCUUGAGGAGGGUGACAUUACUAAGGAGGACAUUAUUCUGGAUGACCGCUUCCACGGCGGCAUCUACGGUGUUCCCGACCAGACCACCAUUGACGCCAUUAAGUUUGGCGCGAGUACCGAGGGCUUCAUCACUGACCCCGUCUACGAGGGCAAGAGUCUUGCUGGUAUGAUGGCUUUGAUUAAGAACGGCGAGAUCCCUGCGGGAAGCAAUGUUUUGUACGCUCACUUGGGCGGCCAGUUGGCGCUCAACGCCUACUCCGGCAUGUAA